AGAAAAAAUAAUUGCCUAAUUAAUUUCCUAUAAAAACAAAUUAAAACAGAUUGCGAGCCGCUUAGCUGAAAUAACCAGGCCGUGAAAACUGGCUGGGGAGCUCCUGAUGGGUCUGUGGAGGGCAUUGUGGUGUUUGCAGGGCUGCGAGGAGUUCAUGGUUUGUGGGCACCUGCAGGCAGCUCAAUGUCAGCAAAACCUUUCAGCUUUAGCUGUGAUGUAGUCACCAUUUGAGGAGGAGGAUGAGAACCUGGAGCAUUCCCCAGGGCUGCCCAGCAGGAAGGGACCCCCAGUUCUCCACUGCAGGAUUGUCACCAGCACAGCCCUGCUGUUUCCCCUCUGCAGAGCUGCAGAGUGGUGUGAUUCCACAUUUUCCCUCUCCCCCCCUCAUGUUGCUGGCUCACUGCUGAGCACAGCCAGGUGCACACAGCUUUAAUGAGGAUUUGUUCUGCCUGAUUUCUUCCAUCAUAAGGAAAGGAGCAAACAGGUGGAGGGCUGUUCAGCAGGUCGCAGGAUGAUGGGAGGGAGAGAACUCCCUUGCAGACCAUGGAGAUGACUCCCCAGCCUGGUGUGGUUCUGCUAUUGGUGUUUCUGAUUAGGCUGAUUGUGCUGCACUCCGUGUCCUGGACAGAGAUAAGAGGGAGGAUGCUCUGUGCUGUCCCCAUUCUGGUGUCAUCAGUCCUGUGGCCAUGCGUGUUCCUUUCUUUCCAACCCCGUUACUGUUCCUGUUCCCCCCCAGCAGAGCCUGCAGUCCCAUAGUGUUCUUAUUUCCUCCACUGAAGCACUUGCAUCCAACUGAGCAUCUUGCAGAGGCAAAGUGCAGAGCCAUCUGCAACGUUCUGACUUGCCUUCAGCCCCGUUGGAGCAGGUAAAGCUCUGCAGAGCAGGGCAGGAUGCUGUAUCCCACCCUGUGUGCGCAGCAAAGUGCUUGUCAUAGAGCUGACUUCCAGGUAGGCACCUCCCAGUGCUGGGCACUUUUGGUGCACGGGCUGUGCUUUGCUCCACGUUUGCCUAGUGGAAGGACAGGCUGGGCUGGAGCAGCUCUGAGAUCCUGAUGGAGCUGCAGGUGUCCCUGCGCCUUGCAGCGAUUUGAACCAGAUGGCCUUAAAGGUCCCUUCUGUGAUCUAGGGCCGACCCUUCAGGAUGAGCUGCACCAUGUGCUGUGCAGCCCAGGUCAGCGCUCCAUGCCAGGACUGAUUGCAGCACAGGGUUGGAUCGAUCUGCACGAGCUGCUGCUGCUAUAAAAGGGCCAAGGCUGUGUGUGCUGCAGGGCUCUGUGCCUGGCACGGAAGCUCAGUGUCAGCAGCAGGCGUGGGUGCAGGCGCAGAGCCACAGCACUGGGUGAGUGUGCUGUGAAUUGAGGCUGGAACAUGUGUUUUCUUGGGAAUUACGGCGCGGUUGGCAGGUGGUGGGACUUGCUGCUGUUGGAUCUGAUGUGUUGUUUGCCAAACAGCAUUAAGCGCGUUAUCUCUGCUCAGCAGGUAUGGUUUUAAAGCUGGCAUGUGUCUGUUGUGGGGAAGGUAAGUAUUAAUACUUGGAAAUGUAUGCAUUAGGGAGCUGAUCCGGUGGGAGGAAGGCUCGGUGCAUCGCAGUGCCUGGGCUGAAAUCUGCUGGCUGCCCUUCUGGGUGCCGGUGUGAGCGCAGGAGGAGCGCUGCUGGGAGAGGUGCUGCCUCCAGCACAUGCAAACAAGCUGCUAUUGUGGGCUGUGUUAUAAAUAUCUGGCUCUUACACUGGCAGCUUUAAUGAACGGAGCACCUUGCCACUGUUUGUGCUGAUUGUCGCGUGGGCUUUUGUUUGUUACCCCCAUUAAGAGGUGAAAACCCAACAACUGCCGCGUCCUCCCGUCCUUCAGAGCCACUGCAGUGCUGGGGCUCCGGAGGUGACGGGGCAGAGAUCGUAGCAAACAACACUUUUCUCUGGCUUUGAAAUGAAAAAUGGCAGCGGAUCUGACAGCCCGUGGCCUUUUGCAGAGCGCUAUAAAACCUCAGCUCCCAGCUUUGUCUCGGUGCAGCGUUAGGAGCUAUUUAUUGGCGCGUAUUUCACAGAGAUGAUGGCAUGCUUUUAUUGCUGUCUGCGGGCGUGUGACGCCGGCGGGUCGCCUCUGGGACAUCGCUUUGGGACGGCUGUGCCUCACGGUGCUUUUUCUCCUUCCAGGUGUGCCAUGGCCGACACGAUUUUUGGCAGUGGGACGGGCCCCUGGGUGUGCCCCAAUGACCGGCAGCUGGCUCUGCGUGCCAAGCUCCAGACAGGCUGGUCAGUGCACACGUUCCAGACAGAGAAGCAGAGGAAGAUGCAGGCUCUGAGCCCACAGGAGCUUGAGGUCAUUUUGGAAGUCAUCCGCAAGGCAGAGAAGCUGGACGUUGUGGAGCAGCAGCGCAUUGGGCGCCUGGUGGAGCGGCUGGAGAACAUGAGGAAGAACGCGAUGGGGAACGGGCUGUCGCAGUGCUUGCUGUGCAGUGAGCUGCUGGGGCUGCUGGGGAGCACGUCAGUUUUCUGCCAGGAUUGCAAAAAGAAAGUUUGCACCAAAUGCGGCAUCGAAACCUUUGGAGCCCAGAAACGUCCCCUUUGGCUGUGCAAGAUCUGCAGUGAACAGAGAGAGGUCUGGAAGAGAUCCGGCGCGUGGUUUUACAAAGGGCUGCCCAAGUACAUCACACCUCUGAAGAGCAGCAGCAGAGCUGGUGAGGUGCCCUCGCAGCCCUGGCAGAGCGAGGCUGCUGUGCUGGAGGCAGGGAGCGUGGGGACGGGCCGCUCCUUCACCUGGGCCAGGGGCAAAGUGGUUUCUAGCGACAGCGACUCGGAGCUCAGCUCUUCCAGCCAGGAGGACGGGCCCUCAUCUGCAGUGUCAAAAGGCUCUCCAGGAGGAAAGCAGCAAGCAGGACAGGUGCUCUCUGGGGAGCCCAGCCGUCCCAUGAGGGUGUCUGGGAGCCACAGCAGUGCAGGCAGUGGGCAGGGAGAGAGCUGCCAUAGUGACCAGGGAGCAGAUGGGCACGACAGCAGCAGCGGCAGAGCCCCAGGCAAACGGGGCACCCACAGCAGAACCCGGUGUUGACAGAGGUGAAGAUGGAGCUGAGCUGCCUGAACCCAACGCUUACCCUCUCCUACAGACCUCACUGUGGACAUUGCCUGGCACCAAUGGGGACUUCCUUAAGGCCAGCCCUGCUCCUGGUUUGGCAUGGUGAAGUUUGCAGUGAGCCCACUGGUCAUCACGCCCUGCACUGUGGGCAAUGCAGCAGGGCCAAGAGCAGUGCAAGCACUGCAGCUCUGGGUGGGAGAACACCCACACCCACAGCUGGCUGCCCAAAUCAGCUAAAAGCUUUCCAAUUACUUUAUCUCAUUAAGCUCUGCAGAUUCUCCUCCCACGUGCACACCUUGUAAUCUCCUGCACAAAACAGGGGCCUGCAUUGUGCCUUUUUCCUGGAAGUCUCGAGCAUCUGGCUGUAGUGAUGGUGUCACAGUGAGUCAGGCUGAGAGCUCUGCCCCAGUCCUGCUGCUUCCCUGGGAUGGACAAUUGCCCUCCGAGGCCUGGCUGAUGAGAAAAAUCAAAUCACCUGACAUUUCUAGAGCAAUUAGAUCUUUAAAGGCUUGAACAAAAGCUCACUCUAGGCAAGUAGGAGUCUGUGCAUUUUUAUGAAAUGCUUUGAAUCUGACCCCUGUUUUGCUGAAGAAACGAAGGAUUCCAAAAAGUUCCCUCUUCAGUCGUGGAUCUAAAAGCAAUUCAUGCCUGUUAAUAUCAACCUGUUCCCUUGGUUAUUACUCUUUUGUUCAGUGCUCCUUUGCUGCUGGGCUCUUCGUGUGCAUGUAGUGUAUGCUCUUACAGAUGGCUGCAGCACGAAGAUAAAUGAGAUCGGGUGCUGGAAUACUCCAACAGAAGAUUGGAAAUCAAUCCUUGACUUUCUUUCUAAAUGAAUAUCAUCCAGCAGAGCACUGUUCCCCUACUGCUUUUCCAGCUAACAGUCUAUGGCACAUUGCUGGGAAAGUCCUCCCAACUGCUCCUCCGUUAUGCUUCUGCUCUUUGGUAAACAAAGGCAAAGCCUUUGGGUGACACAGAUUGCAGGAAGAGAAAUGCCUGGACAUGAGUUUCACAGCAUUGGUGUUGAAGAGAGCAAGGGAUGAGCUUGUUGUCCAGUGAGGGAUGCUCCAAGCAAAGUGGUUGUUAAACCUGGUCACCAAGCCCAUUCUGCCAUCCAUAGGAAGACUGCAUGUGAGGUAAGGGAAGGAUCCAGCCCAGGAGAACAUGACCUCCCCAUCCCACUGUGACUGAACACAGCACUGUGCACAUCGUUUCUAUUUUCAAGUUCUCCUUCCCCUUUGUCACAACUCUCUUGGUUGUAUUCUGUAGCUCAUGCUGAUGUCUGUUCACUUGGCUCAAAGAGGGCAAGAAGGGCUCAGUGCAUGGUGCUCAGUCUACUCUGUUUGUGUUGCAUGGUGCUCAAUCUACUCUGUUUGUGUUGCUUUUAUUGUUUUGUUGUUCUCCUCAUCUCCCUCCCUUACAACUUUUAUGUAGUGUUUUACUACUGGAAACAAUAAAGCUUUGGCUCUGGAACAACUGUUUACCAUUCUUGAGACAGGAAAGCACUUUUCCCAUUCCCAGGUUGCAGAUGCUCUCCAAAUCCUUCGUCUGGCUCCAGCAGGGAAAGAGAACAGCCCAGCCAUGGAACAGUGGUUCACACAGCAGGAGUGUAAUUGAAUUCUGCAUUGAAAGUUGUCCUUUGUUGUAUUGCCCCUCUUUGGUGCCUUGGCACAGGUCUGCUCCUCAGCCCCUCUGAGAGAAAGGUUUACCAUGCCAUCACUGAGCACAAACCAGCACUGGAUGUCACCCUGUCAAGUGCUGUCCCUUGGCCUCCCAAAGCUCAUCACUCGCUCUGGUUUGACAGUCAGCUCAAGGUAGUGUUCUCUGCAUUGCUCCCUGAGUGUGCACAGCCCUGGCUGCUCCAUCUUCCCUUCCACCCUGAGUUCAGCUUCAAGGUUUCACGCAGCUUUUCCAUCUGUUUGGCUUUUCCUGUUCUAAAAGCACCUCGGAUGGUUGCUGUUGGGGUUGUUGUGCUGGGGAGCUGCUGUCAGUCCAAGGAUGGAGAACUCCCAGAACCCACCAUCUCUUGUGCCAUCCUGUCCAUGCUCUGCUCGCCAUGACAACAACCAGCACAUGAGGAAGUCAGCUGUGGGAUCUCAGAGCCGAAAGCCCAGGGUGUGAACUGCCAAGCUUGGGUUUGCUUUGUGCAGCUACAGACUGAAAGGAAAGGGAACUCUUCCUAUGUAGGAGCUGUGUGCCAUGGUUCAGCCAGGACACAUAAAUCCCACUGGUAUUCAGAUAGGUGUUUUUCAUGGAUGCGAUGGGAGAAGAGGUUGGGAAGCUGUCUGGAAGGGCUGAUGCUGCCAUCAGAUAACAAGCCUUUCAGCAGGUUGCAAGAUGCCAGGUGAUGGGUAAGCAUUUUGCAGGAGGCUCCUCACUAGAGCUGUUGAUUCGCAUUCAUCCCUGACCACGGGCUGAUUAGCAGUACGUUCAGGUAGCACUGAGAUGCCUGCGAUGCUUGAGAGACAGAAGAUGAUGAUAUUGCAGUGUACACCCACAGCAGCCCGGAGGUGGGAGCACAAUGUGUGCUGCCUGCCAUCACCCAGGCAUCCCCACACCCAAACCCUUGCUCUGCACCUUCACACUGCAGAAGAAAUUCCACUGACUGCCUUCAUAGCAGAGAACCAACAGAGCCAGCCCAGCUGUGUGACACCAAGGUUCUGUGCUUUUUGUUUGAAGGCACUUGCAUUACAUUUCUUUUCCUUCUCCCUAUCCCUGCCUGACAAUGGGAGCUGUCUGUAAAACCUUGCCCUGCAGCAGAUAGGCAGCACUUCUGCCCCUUCCCACUCUCAUCUCUGUGCUGGAGCUUUGCUGCUGUUCAGGGUCUUCCCAUCAGGACUGACUGCAGCUCUGGGCAAUUCUCACUUCUCCUUGCACACAGUUACAGACCCCUGCCCCAUCCUGCUGGAGCAACCUGUUCAACAGGAGCUGCUACUGCCUCUAGGCUGGGUUUGCACCGUGGCCAUUCUCAUACUGCCUCAGAGGAUGGAAAAAUAAACCAAGAAAUGCAAACAAGGGCUGUAAAUCUCCCUGGCUGCAUCUAGGUGAUAUCUGUUUAAUUAGCAUCGCCAAGCCACCUUGAUGUAGUAAGUGCUAAGUAGGAAACUCACUAAUUUUCUCAUUUUGAUAGCAGAUCACUUGCGAGCUGUUCAGAUUCCCACCUCGUGGCUGUUUUUUUCUGCACUCCCCAUAAUUGCUGUUUGCUAUGCAAGGAAUGAGCUGCCGGGCUCAAAUGCCUCUGCACCAGGAGGAGCUGCCCCAGCCCUCUGCACACCUGGGUGUGCAGGACCUGGGGGGCUGCAAAGCUCUUUUACUACACCCAGGACCCCACUGUAGUCAAUGGGAUGCUCUCAGGGCUGAUGCUGAGCACAGCUGCUUUCUAUUCCCUCUUACCACUGUGCUGUGGCUUUGGGUUGUUACCCAUGGGACAAAUAAAAACACCUCUGAGAGGAUUUGGGUUCUUCUUAUCUCACCCCUGCAUAUUGCAGAACAUGGAUCUUUAUAACACUGGUGAUGCCUUGAGUUACGGGAUGCUCAGCCUCGACCUGCCGGGGCUCCCAGCACCACAUCCCACUGCUCCACGCUGACCUAUCACUGCAGGAGGCAGAGGGAUUAGGAUGAUGGAGUGCUCUGAGAGGAUAAACAAUAAUGAUGCUACAUCGGCGCCGCCCAAACAAUGCCUCUCUCUUUCAUGUUUUCUUUUUCUGCUCGUUUGCCAUUCGAGCGUAAUAAGAUCAGCGCGGAUAAUUUGUGUAUUCAUACAGAGCAUCAUUUUCCCUCCUGUGCCUCACCAGCUGCACUGCAGUCGGAAAGGCAAAUGCGCACUUGCUUUUGCAUGGUUAUGAAUGGGUGCAUCUGUUUCUCAAAGGCAGGGAGAGGAGGGCGAGAGGGCUGGAAAGGGAAGGCAGAAAUCACAUGUAGCCCAUCUCAGUGCUUCUGCAAAGUGGGAAGCAUACAGGACUCUGAUUCUUGCAGCAGGCUCCACGCCCCACAUUGGGGUAUUUGGUGCCAGUUCUGCUCUCACUGUGCUGCCUUGUAUCCACUCCAUGCACAGCUUUGGGAAGAGCUGGGCUCUGACCUCUUCAAGCACCAGCAGCUGUGUUCCCAGCUCCAUGUACCCCAGGCUCUGCCCCAAGGUCCUUGCAGCAUCCCCAGUGCUGCAGGAAGAGAAGCAGCAGGCCUGAUUUAUUGGGCUUGCCUCCCCUCCCUGCUUUUUCUUUUCUGAGAUGUCCACUACAAAAGGGAAGGAGGGGAAUGGGGUUAAUUUGCUGCUGUUAUCUGGUGCCUCCAGCUGGGAGCCACACUGACAGCCCCAGGCUGAUCAAACACACCGACAGUCAGCAUUCAGCAUCCCAUCUACACAGCCAUAAAUCACAUAGGUGCUCUGCCCCAUGUCUCAGCAAUGAUGCAUACGUGCACCCCCUCCUCCUGGUGCUGCACUCCCACCUUCACUGCCUGUGGCCCUUGGCAUCAGCACCUGGUGGCAGCCAUGCAAACAUGCUCUUCUUUUGAGCCAGAAAUUUUGGUUUCCUUCCUCUCUCCCACUAAGAUCAGGUCCAUUUGACCUCUCAGACAGGUUUGUCUCCACUUCUCAUACACAAGUCCAGAAGUUUCCAGGUACUGAGAUUGCUUUGAGGUGAAGUACCAUGCGUGCCAGCAAAAGCAUGAGCUGCAAGUUCACUAAAGUCACACAGAGCUCCCAGCUGCCCUCCAGCCACUGUUCUUGACAUGCUUGUUUAAAGUCUUGAAACAUCCCCCACUUUAAUAGCUUGGGCCAUUAAAGCAGACGGAUGCUAUCUGGCAGGCUUUGAAGGCUCAGAGGAUGCUCAGAGCAGGUGGGUGGGAGAUGCUGUGGCUGAGGCCAAAUCUCUCUGCUCCAUACUGCAGCACCAGGGCUGUGCUUCCUUGCUGCUGGGAUGCUGUGCAGCCCAACAUGUUGGGGAGUGGGGUUCCUCCACCUCUGAGAUGCUCAGAGCACAGCACUGCUUUCCCCCACAGGAACUGCAUUUUCAUGCCUUUUCUCUGCUUUCCAACUUCCAAACAAGAAAAGAGGAGCCAAAGAGAUGUAUUUGGUUUGGGUGAACAGAGCCCAGAGACAUCAGACAGUGGGACUGGAGAAGCACCCUGUCUACACAGCAGCAUUGCUCACUGCAGCAGCUGAGCACUUCAAGCUGUGCUGGGCUCACACAUUUAAUCCCAAUAGCCUCCCAUGUGAAGCUGCGUGCAUCUCACAGGCUUGCAGAUAAGUCCUUGUUAUUUGUAAAGCAUGCAGUGGUGCCCAGGCUGCAAGUUGCAUUUGGAAAUGGACCAACUUGCUGCAUCCAAGCUUUUUGCCCAGUUUUAUCAGUGUUUGGAAGAACCCAGGAGGAAUAUAGUAGCAGCUUUAGGGCUGGGGUUCUAUGAUGUGAUGGAAAUUACAGUAAUACCAGCAGGGCAGCACAAUCCUAAGCUACAGCAAAUGAGAACAAGCAACAACAAAGCACCCAUAGACAUAAAAGAAGAAAAUCCACUUUUACCUUUGGAAGG